UGGCGCACCGUCAAGAUGGCUGCUAGGCUGCGGAAACGCGGCCCGCCGGGUUCUGUCGCCCAGCCGGGUUCUGUCGACCACCCUGCGGGACUCUGGAAACAAUGGCUACAGCGGGCUUGGCAAGAACUCCACCAACUGCUGCAGGAGCCACGCUACACACUGCUUGUGGCCUCCUGCCUCUGCCUAGCAGAGGUGGGCAUCACCUUCUUGGUCAUUCACAGGGUGGCAUACACAGAGAUUGACUGGAAGGCCUACAUGGCCCAGGUGGAGGGUUUCAUCAGUGGCACAUAUGACUACACACAGCUGCGGGGUGACACCGGACCUCUUGUCUACCCAGCUGGUUUUUUAUACAUCUUUAUGGGGCUCUACUAUGCUACUGGCCGUGGCACUGACAUCCUCAUGGCCCAGAACAUCUUUGCUGUGCUCUACCUCAUUACCUUGGUGCUUGUUUUCUUGAUCUACCACCAGACCUCCAAGGUACCUCCCUUCGUCUUUUUCUUCAUGUGUUGUGCCUCUUACCGCGUCCACUCCAUCUUUGUACUGCGGCUCUUCAAUGACCCAGUGGCUAUGGCGUUGCUUUUCCUAAGUAUCAACCUCUUCCUGGCACAACACUGGGGCUGGGGCUGCUGCUGUUUCAGCCUGGCCGUGUCUGUGAAGAUGAAUGUGCUCCUCUUUGCCCCCGGGUUGCUGUUCCUUCUCCUUACUCAGUUUGGUUUCCGUGGUGCCCUCCCCAAGCUAGCCACCUGCGCUGCUCUUCAGGUAAUGCUGGGAUUACCCUUCCUGCUGGAGAACCCCAUUGGCUACCUAUCCCGCUCCUUUGACCUUGGCCGACAGUUUCUUUUCCGAUGGACAGUGAACUGGCGCUUCCUUCCUGAAGCCAUCUUCCUACAUCGUGCCUUCCAUUUGGCCCUGUUGGCUGCCCAUCUUAGCCUCCUCUUGCUGUUUGCCCUCUGUAGGUGGCACAGAACAGGGGAAAGUAUUCUGUCACUGCUGAAGGACCCUUCCAAAAGAAAAGUUCCACCUCAACCCCUCACACCAAACCAGAUUGUUUCUACCCUCUUCACCUCCAACUUCAUUGGCAUCUGUUUUAGCCGCUCCCUGCACUACCAGUUUUACGUCUGGUAUUUCCACACACUGCCCUACCUCCUGUGGGCCAUGCCUGUAAGCUGGCUCACGCACCUGCGCAGGCUGCUGGUGCUGGGCCUCAUUGAGCUCUCCUGGAACACAUACCCAUCCACAUCAUUCAGCUCUGCUGCCCUGCACAUAUGCCAUGCUGUCAUCCUGCUGCAGCUCUGGCUAUCGCCUCAGGCUUUCCCUAAGAGGGUCAAGUCUAAAAGGAAAAGGCACUGAAAUCCACCCCUUCCUUCUAGGACUCAUUCAGGACAAUGGGUGGAAUGGACUGUUCUUAGAAUAAACCUUGCCAAGUCUA